AUGUCUACAACACAGACGAAAUGCUUACCCUGCUUGAAGAAGGUUGGGGGGAGAUGGCAACUUCAGGUGGAUGGUAAGCCGUUUCUAAUCCUGGGAGGCGAGCUGCAGAACUCAUCCAUGAGCUCGGCGCGAUACAUGAAAACCAUCUGGAAGAAUCUCAAAGAUAUGGGCAUCAACACCGUCUUGGGUGCUGUGGCUUGGGAGGAUAUCGAGCCGGAAGAGGGACGCUUCACAUUUUCUGAGCUCGACACCAUCAUUCAAGAUGCACAAUCUCACGGCUUACGGCUGAUUCUCCUCUGGUUUGGAUCUUUUAAGAACGGUAUGUCUUCUUAUGUACCCCCAUGGGUCAAGACAAACAUCCAAAGAUUCCCUCGUAUGCAAUUGCGGCAACGAGACGGGGAGCUAUAUCAUACGAAUGUUAUCUCGAUUCUCCAUGACGAAUGCCUUGAGGCGGAUCGCCGAGCUUUUACAAAGCUCAUGAACUAUAUCAAGGAGACAGAUGUAUCAAGAACAGUGAUUGCGGUGCAGGUCCAGAACGAGGUUGGCUUGCUUAGUGGACCGCGUGAUGUAGGCCCUGUUGCUGAAAGCGCCUUUCAGGCCGAUGCUCCGUCAGAGUUGGUAAAGCUUCUUGAACGCAACUGGGAUUGUCUGCCCUCAGAGUUUACCAACAACUUUCCCACGUUCGUACGUACGAGGGCAGAUGUUCGGCAUCAGGGACUUGCCAAGAGCUGGGAGCAGCAUUUUGGCAAGAGCUCGUACACUGACGAGCUGUUCAUGGCCUACCACUACGCCUGCUACGUUGAGAAGAUAGCCGCUGCAGGAAAACAGGCCUAUGAUAUUCCGCUUUUCACCAAUGCGUGGCUACCCAUGCCCGGUACCCAAGAUGCGUCAGGCAACAUUGCGUCAGGAGGCGCUGUGCCGGGGGAAUAUCCUUCGGGAGGGCCGACACCUAAUCUCCUCCACGUCUGGCAGUGGUUGACACCUUCACUCGAUUUCAUAUCUCCAGAUAUAUACGCCGGCGACUACGGCCAGAUUUGCUCCAGGUACGCAGGAAACGGACAGCCAUUCUUCAUACCCGAACAGCGCAGAGAUGAUUAUGGAGCCCGACGAAUAUGGGAAGCCAUAGGAAGCCACGGGGCUUUAGGUGCAGCACCUUUUGGAGUUGACACACUACGGAUCGACAACUGCAGUUUCAAGUCCCAUUACGAGCUUUUAUCGUCCAUUUCCCCGCUGCUACUCAAGGCAAGAGAGGAGUCGGCAUACAUCUGCGGUUUCUUUUUUGACGGGAUUCCACCAGGUUCUCCCGACACUAAGGAGAAUAUCGUCAAGCUUGCAACCUCGUAUGAGCUUUCCAUCAGUCGAUCUGUGGUGUUUGGUCAGCCUGGGCCAGGAUACGGCUUGAUCAUUGAACUUGAUGAGGAUCGCUUCCUAUUGGUGGGCACGGGCUUCAAGGUCCAGUUCAAACCAAGAUCAGGCACUUCAGUCGUGAGCGGGCUCCUACGCCUUUACGAGAAGGAGGUGGCGGACCAAAAUGGAACCCUCAGAACGGCCAGACAUCUCAAUGGUGAUGAGUCGCGUAGUGGCACGUGGGCGAAUAUGCCAGGCGAUGAGUCGCACAUUGGAGAAUCUGCUGUUCCCAUUGCUAUUCCAGCUCGCACUGGAAUUGCUGAAGUCCAAGUGUACCAAGUUGAGUAA